CCCUUCUCACCGCGCAUGUGCGGCUCAGGGAGUGCGCCAAUCACAGCUGAUCACAUGGGACAUGUACACUGAUCAUCAGGCACUGAUGAUCAGUGUGCCCUGAUGAUCAGUGUAGCCCCAGCAGUGCCACCUGUCAGUGUCCAUCAGUGCCAGCAGUCAGUGCCCAUCAGUGCCACAUCAAUGCCACAUAUCAGUGCAUACCAGUGCACAUUAAUGCCACAUAUCAGUGCCCAUCUGAGCUGCCUUUCAAUGUCACCCAUCAGUGCCACCUAUCAAUGCCAAUCAGUGCCACCUAUCAGUGCUGCCAAUCAGUGCCACCAAUCAGUGCCACCUAUCAGU